AUUGAAAUUACAACAGCAAUUAGGACAAAGCCAAAGCCAGAAUGCUAAACUAGAACUGGAAAAGUUAGGAAAUAAGUCAGUUAGUUUCGAUUUUAAUCUUGAUUACCGAGUUUUAGUGAUAGUGCUUGUUUAUUUACUGGCUAUUUGGUUACCCAUCAGCCGCAAAACGGAAGAGUUGGAAAACUUAGUCUCCCAGCAAGUCAAUACUUACGGGAAUAAGGCUAAAGCAACUGCUGCUAAGCCAGUUGAUUACUAUCGGAAACAAGAAACUUUUUAUCAGGGAUUGUUUUGGAUAUGUGUCUUGAUUUUAAUUGUGUUAUGGAUGUUGAGUGGGAGUUAA